AAUCAAAACCAAUAAAGAAAAUGGAGGUGAAGGCACGCAGAGAAAUAUGAUAAACAACAACUAGAGAGAGACCAAAAAGGAAGGUGUGGGGGAGUCAAGAAUUUUGAAGAAACAGCAAAGAAACCUUCCAUUUCUGAUGCUUUGUUUUUACUACUAUUAACCAUUUUUCCAAGGCAAUGCUGCUGAGUCCAUGUCACUUCCUUCUCCCAUUGUCACCUACCACUGAAUGAUAAUUCCUUCAUGCCUUCUUAUUAACCCCACCACCAACACCAUUUCCCUCUUCUUUCAUUCAUGUGCCUCUUGCUUUCUCCAUUUCCCUCCAAUAGUGUCGGUUCCUUAACGUGACAGCCUCCAAUGAUGCUGGUUUGAAAAGUUUCUUUUUUGAAGUUGGAAACAGAUACCCUUUGGCUUAUUUCAGAAUACCCAGAAGCCAAAAUCAUAUUUUGAUGAUGGGGAUGUGCCAAUGUGUUCACAUCUAAGAGGGUUCAAGGUGCAUAAGAGAUCUGGUAUUCAAGUUUAUUCAGGGUUUGAUAAAGAGAAAUCUGUGAAGGGUUUAUUUUGUGGAACUGGAAAGAUAAAUUGGCUGCAGCAAGAUGGCUUCUGAUCUGAGUUCGGGGUUGUCGAAGAAAACUGUUCUCGGGUUGAAAGCAUGGGAGUUAAUGGGGUUAAUAGUUGGGUUGUUCAUUAUAAUCAUUCUCAUGGUUCUAUCAAUAUGUCUUUCUUCAAGAAAGAAAUCCAGAAGAGUCAAUGGCAUGCUUCCCCUGAGACAUAUGUUAUCGGUUUCAGAUGAGAUCAAAGAGAUUAGGGUUGAUCAAGCUUCAGCAAAUAACCAUCCCCAGAACGGCGCUUUUGCGAGCCUGUAUGACAAGUAUAGUGACAGGGAUUCUGAAAAGGUUUUGAUCAAUGGAGAAAAUAACAGUCAAUCAGGCUCAUUCAUUCAUGUUGAGAAAGAUGCUAAUGGCUCUCAGUCAAGCGAUGAGAGCGGCGCUAAGUCGGUUUCUGUCUACAAUUCUUCUUCCCAUCCUAUAAGUGCACCAUCCCCUUUGUCUGGUCUUCCUGAAUUCUCUCAACUUGGCUGGGGGCACUGGUUUACAUUGAGGGACCUAGAAAAUGCAACAAACAAGUUUUCGAAAGACAAUAUUAUUGGUGAAGGUGGAUACGGAGUCGUUUAUCAAGGCAAGCUAGUCAAUGGGAGUCCUGUCGCUGUUAAGAAGCUACUCAAUAAUCUAGGACAAGCUGAAAAGGAAUUUAGGGUGGAAGUUGAGGCUAUUGGUCAUGUGCGGCACAAGAACUUGGUUAGACUUUUGGGCUAUUGCAUUGAAGGCACUCAUAGGUUGUUGAUUUAUGAGUAUGUUAACAAUGGCAAUUUAGAGCAAUGGCUUCAUGGAGCCAUGCGGCAGUAUGGUUAUCUUACAUGGGAAGCUCGGAUCAAAGUUCUUCUUGGAACGGCCAAAGCGCUGGCUUACUUGCACGAGGCAAUUGAACCAAAAGUCGUCCAUCGAGAUAUUAAGUCAAGCAAUAUUCUAAUUGAUGAUGACUUCAAUGCAAAAAUAUCCGACUUUGGGCUGGCUAAGUUAAUCGGUGCUGGAAAAAGUCAUAUUACAACUCGAGUAAUGGGUACUUUUGGAUAUGUGGCUCCAGAAUAUGCAAACUCUGGCAUACUAAACGAGAAGAGUGAUGUUUAUAGCUUUGGGGUGUUGCUUCUUGAAGCAAUUACUGGAAGAGACCCGGUGGACUAUAGCCGACCUGCAACUGAGGUAAAUUUGGUUGAUUGGCUCAAGAUGAUGGUGGGGGGAAGGCGUUCAGAAGAGGUUGUGGAUCCUAACAUUGAAACCAGACCUUCAACAAGUGCCCUAAAACGGGUCCUGUUGACUGCUUUGAGGUGUGUCGACCCAGAUGGUGAAAAAAGACCAAAGAUGAGUCAAGUUGUCCGCAUGCUCGAAUCAGAAGAAUAUCCAAUACCUCGAGAGGAUCGAAGACGCAGAAGGAGUCAAGCAGGAAAUAUAGUGGAUGGCCAAAAGGAGACUUCUGAUACAGAGAAGAGUGAUAAUCCAGAUUCGAAGUCCACUGGCCAAAGGAACCAUAGGAAUUAGAGCCAUGGAUGUCAAAGCCUACAAGUACCUAUUCCAGGAUAAGGUACAUUGGUGAAUGGGCAAUUUUUGCAUUCUUUUGAGCCUAUACGAGUUCUGAUAAAACUUCCACAUUUGACAUCAAAGACAUGGAGCAGAAUCAAGUUACUUCGGAGUGGUUUAUAUACUUAUUUGCUGUUAUUAGCCUAGAUGUAGUGUGUGUUUGGAUUAGCGUUAGCAGAAUUGGAUCUGGCCAGAAUUGAAUCUGGAAGAAUUGGAUCUGGUAAACGUGAGUUUGAGUGACGUGAUUUAUGUUUGGAUACAUUUAUCAGGAAUUGGAUCUGAUAGACUUGAAUUGGAUCUGUAAAAGGGUGAGGGGACAAUUGGAUCAGCAUUGAUGCUGAAGCAACAAAUUGUUGUGUUAGGAUGGUGGAUCAGCAUUUAGCAUCCAAACAUCAAUGGAGAUGGGAAAAUCACGUUUGAGGUCUUUAAACGUGGAUCAGGCCUGAUCCAACGUGCAUCCAAACACACCCGUAGAUGUUAGGAUGUAGAAUAUUGGGCUUGAAUAUGGGGCUAAACAGAUCCCAUAAAACUACUGUGUACAGAUUUCAUUGAUAUUCAUACAUUUUCUUUGUUUCUUGACAUAUUAUUAUGAUCAUGAGAUAAGUGGUUUUUCUUUGUGUGA